AAUAAUCACAACACAACACAACACCGUCGUUGGUUGUUGUUUUGCCAACGUUACAAAACGAAACGCAGCAUUGUCUCCACUGCACGCAUGCUGAUGCCGUAUACUAUAUAAUCUUUCAAACGUUGGGGUUUUCUCGUGUUGGUUCAAUUAUAGCGUGUCUGUUAAUUUAAUGGUUGAUGCGUGUUUGAUGGGAUGGGAGCUCAGAAGAGCAUCCAUGCUGGCAAAGCAAAGAUUGACGUUAACGUUGAUUUUACUCACAAGCUAUGCGCUUCUUUGAUGCUCCCCACUCUCAGGAGUUCUGGCAGUCCACUUUCACUGGUAAUUGGGAGUCUUUGCAUCAAACACCCAAAUCUGUUUGGUGGAAGUGAGAAGCUUGAUGUUUCGUGGGAUAAGGGUCUAUAUGAUUCAAAUGUGUUGGUUGCUUAUAGAAGGCCGCGGCCGGAAUGGCUUGCUCAGCAGUCUUUUGUAUUGCAGCAUUCGCUUUCACCUGAAAUUGGAAUCCAUGGUAUCCCUGUAAACAAUUUCUCCCGCUCCGGAAGUGGAGGAGUAAAUUUAUCUCGAUUGUCGGUGGGAAUGGACCUGAAGGAACCUGCUAGUUCAAAAUGGAGCAGCUCAACCAGCAUAAAGUUUGAGCAUGUUCGUCCAUUGAACGAUGAAGGGCGCGCUAUAAGUAGAGAUUAUGAUGGGUUUCCUUUGACUUGCAGUGGCAAUCCUCAUGACAGUAUGGUAGUGUUAAAGCAAGAGAGUCGAUUUGCAAAGGCGAAUGAAAAUAGCUUUUUUCAUUUUAAUCUUCAAAUAGAACAAGGUAUUCCAGUUCUUUCUAAGUGGAUAAUCUUCAAUAGAUUUAAAUUUGUUGCUUCAAAGGGAAUCAAACUUGGACCUGCAUUUCUGUUAACAAGGCUUUCAGGUGGCUCUAUUGUUGGGGACAUGGCUCCUUACCAAGCAUUUUCCAUUGGAGGGCUUGGGAGUGUGCGAGGGUAUGGCGAAGGAGCAGUUGGAUCUGGGCGAUCAUGUCUGGUGGCUAAUAGCGAACUAACACUCCCAUUGAAUAAGAUGUUGGAAGGUGCCAUUUUCUUGGAUUGUGGAACAGACUUGCGGUCUGGUCAUCUUGUACCUGGAAAUCCAGCUUUGAGGCAUGGUAAACCAGGAUCUGGAGUUGGAUUGGGAUAUGGACUUCGAUUUAAAUCACAAUUUGGUCAUUUUCAAGUUGAUUAUGCUAUUAAUGCAUUUCAGCAGAGAACUCUCUAUUUUGGCCUCAGUAACCUUGCUUCAUGAGAUUUCUAGACCCUGGAGGUUGCAGAUCUCUCAGUACAUUCCUCUACUACACAGGUCCUAUGGAAGAUGGAAUGGUGAAGCUACCGAACCUGGAAUAUUUUUGUCUUUAAUUCUAGCCUAAGUCAAUUUUAUGAACUGCAUUCUCUCUAUUUCUAACACACGGGUAUAUUUGCAUGUGUUGAGGGAAAUCGUUAUUAUAUUCUUUUUCUUACAAUUUAUGAUAGUAGGAAAUUUGGUUGGCAUUUUUGUAAGGCUUUUGGUUUUUGGUAAAUGGGUGCAGGCAGGUCGAUUAUUUAUUGUAAAUUACUUUCAACAGAAAGGAAAUAGGAUUGAAUUCUUCCACUUGAAUAAAAUCACACAGUACAAUUGCUACA